AAUAGUGCGAGUAAUAAAGUGAUAGAUUAGAUACAGCGAAGAGAUAUAUAUGACGUAGCAAUUUUAAUUGGCGCCGCCGGACGACCUAAAAACCAGAACAGAAAGAGUGAACAUCAACAGCGAUUCACGCCGGAGACACCACAAUCAUCGCCGGAGGAAAAUUUUCAAAUGGCGGAGCCUUCUAAAGUUAUCCAUGUGCGCAAUGUGGGCCAUGAGAUUUCUGAGAAUGAUUUGCUUCAGCUGUUUCAGCCUUUUGGAGUUAUUACCAAACUGGUGAUGCUUCGUGCAAAAAAUCAGGCUCUUCUCCAAAUGCAAGAUGUUACUACAGCCGUGAAUGCAUUACAAUUCUACACAAAUGUUCAGCCGAGCAUAAGGGGAAGAAAUGUUUACAUCCAGUUUUCAUCUCACCAAGAACUAACUACUGUUGAACAGAAUGCACAAGGACGAGGAGACGAGCCUAAUCGAAUACUCUUAGUUACAAUCCAUCACAUGCUAUACCCUAUAACCGUGGAAGUGCUGCAUCAAGUGUUUUCUCCUCAUGGAUUUGUGGAGAAGAUCGUCACUUUUCAGAAGUCAGCUGGUUUUCAAGCUUUAAUUCAAUUCCAACUGAAGCAGAGUGCUGUUACUGCUAGAAACUCUCUUCAAGGCCGUAAUAUAUAUGAUGGCUGCUGUCAGCUGGACAUCCAGUUCUCAAACCUUGAUGAAUUACAGGUGAACUACAAUAAUGAGAGAUCAAGGGAUUUUACAAAUCCGUCCCUUCCUGCAGAACAGAGGGGCAGAUCCUCACAACCUGGUUAUGUUGAUGCAGGAGGUGUGUAUGGCUUUCAACCUUCUGGAGUCAGGCCCGUUGGAUUUCCGCAGAUGGACAAUGCUGCUGCAAUUGCAGCUGCCUUUGGAGGUGGUCUGCCUCCUGGUAUAACUGGAACGAAUGACAGGUGCACCAUUUUGGUGUCUAAUCUAAACACUGAUAAAAUUGACGAGGACAAAUUAUUUAACUUGUUCUCACUAUAUGGGAACAUAGUGAGAAUUAAACUUCUAAGGAAUAAACCUGAUCAUGCAUUAGUUCAGAUGGGCGAUGGAUUUCAGGCUGAGUUGGCAGUACAUUUUUUGAAGGGGGCAACCUUAUUCGAGAAACGUUUGGAGGUGAAUUUUUCAAAACAUCCAAACAUUACAACCGGUACUGAGACACAUGAGUAUUCUAAUUCAAAUCUCAACCGUUUUAACCGCAAUGCUGCAAAAAAUUACCGUUACUGCUGUUCACCAACGAAGAUGAUACAUUUGUCUACCCUUCCGCAAGAUGUUACUGAGGAGGAGAUCGUUACUCACCUAGAAGAGCAUGGAACAAUUGCCAACACUAAAGUCUUUGAUAUGAAUGGAAAGAAACAGGCUCUAGUAAUGUUUGAGACUGAGGAGCAGGCUACUGAGGCUCUGGUUUGCAAGCAUGCUACAUCCCUGGGUGGUCAAAUGAUCCGAAUUUCCUUUUCUCAGUUGCAAAAUAUAUGAUCUGGCAUGUGGAACACAAUUAGGUAUUUUUAAUGGCAUUGAAUUUAAGGCAUUUUCUGGCACAAGGAGCUGUUCUUACGUUGUGUCUUCUGUUGUAUCUUUAGCUCUACCAUGAUGCUGUAGUGGAUAUCUUUGCUCUCGACUAUGUAUGGUGAUUUCCUUCUCA